AAGUGCCAACCAACAACAGCCAACUUCGCAUCUCUUGAAUCUUGAAGUCUCGAACUCUCGAAGUGAUAAAUUAACGACAAUUUGUAGGCAUUAACGAAUUAUGUGAUUGUUUUCCAGAAUGUAUUUCUUCAAUAUAUAAAUAACAUUGAUCAGGCAUCUAUCUGUAUUAUGAAAAUUUCUAAGUUCUAGUGAGCUAGUGAGCUUUACAUAACCUAUCUGUUUCCAUGCCCCUCAGGAGAUCAUAUUUUUUAUUAGCAUUCUAGUAUUUCUAGUUCACCUGUCACCAACCACCAACUGAGAAGAAUGGCGAACAAGAGGCGUCGUAAUGCUAGCCAAUCUGAGAAUUCCAAUAAUAAAAUCAAACGGACAAAAUUUACAUUAGAUAGUGUUAAACUCCCUGGAAUAACAACUGAAGGAGUUGUUCUUGUAACUGGUGCAGGAGAUGUUGGUCAGCUAGGCCUAGGACCUGAUGUUCUAGAGAAAAGUAGACCUGCUUUAGUUAAAUUUGAUCAUGAAAUUGUGGACAUUUGUGCUGGGGGAAUGCAUACAGUGUGUCUUACUAAGGAAGGCAAAGUACUUACAUUUGGUUGCAAUGAUGAAGGAGCUCUUGGUAGAGUAACUGAGGGUAAAGAGGAUGCAGAAUUUGAAGCAGAUAUAGUUGAGUUGCCCUCUAAAGUUAUCCAAGUCUCAGCUGGUGAUUCUCAUACUGCUGCAUUGUUAGAUGAUGGAAGGGUCUUUGCUUGGGGCACAUUUAGGGAUUCACAUGGAAAUAUGGGUAUGACCCUCAAUGGAAAUGAAAAACUUCCAUAUGAAAUCAUCAAGGAUGUUCAUGUUAUUAAAAUAGCAUCAGGUGCAGACCAUAUAGUAUUUCUUACUCAUUUUGGAGAUGUAUAUACAUGUGGAUGUGCAGAGCAGGGACAGUUAGGUAGAACUUCAGAAAGAGGGAGUAGUAGAAAUGCUAGAAGCGGAAUGGGUAAGGGACAGAUAGCUAAACUUCUGCAACCGUCGAUGAUUAGUCUCAAACCCAGUCUGAAACUACAUUUUGAUAACAUUUGGGCUGCCACCUAUGCAACUUUUUGCAGGGUAGCCAGUAGUGGUGACAUUUAUGUAUUUGGACUAAAUAACUAUUCUCAGUUAGGUCUGAAAUCUCAGAAGCCACACUUUAUGCCGACUUUAUCGAAAGAGUUUUCAAAAUAUAAGUGGAGUUCGAUAACUAGUGGUCAACACCAUACCAUAGCUUUGGACGAAGAGGGAAAGGUUUACGCCAUCGGUAGAAAGGACUAUGGUAGAUUAGGAUUAGGAGCGGAUUGUGAAGAUGCUGCGGAACUGAAGUUAAUCACUACAUUGGAAGAUAAGAAGAUUAUCAACGUAGCUUGUGGGUCUGCAACGUCAUUUGCUGUUACUUCAGAAGGUGACUUAUAUGGAUGGGGCAUGGGUACUAACGGACAAUUAGGAACAGGAGAAGAAGACGACUGUGAGGUACCGACUUUAGUCAAGGGCAAACAGCUCCAGGAUCGCAGAGCUUUUAGGGUCAGUAGUGGUGGACAACACACUGUCAUAUUAGCCAAGUCAGGUUCGAAUAAUAAUCAAGGUGAUACUGUUAUCUAGAUGAAUUUGCAGCAAUACAUUGUUGACUAAUGCAUAUUAUAUGACUGAUUCGAGGAUAGUGAAGUUUGUAAGUGCAGGCUGGGUUCUGACUUGGCAAAACAUUCCUGCAGACUGUGUUUAUUUUUUUUGUAAUUCAGAAAGUUUUUUUAAGUAGAGGAGUUAUCAUGAUAACAGCAGUAUUCUUUUGUUACAGGAUUUGAUUUAUCUAGUGUUUUUGCUUGGAAUAAUAAUUGAUUCCAUAUUUUUUUUGUGGAGUUUACUUUAUUGGGUGAAAUGAUUUUGAACUGCCCAAAAUUGAUUUUAUUCAAUUAUGUU